AUGGAGCGCUCGCAGAGCCGCCUCAGCCUGUCCGCCUCCUUCGAGGCGCUCGCCAUCUACUUCCCGUGCAUGAACUCCUUCGACGACGAGGACGCGGGGGACAGCCGGAGGCUGAAGGGGGCCAUCCAGAGGAGCACAGAGACGGGCCUCGCGGUGGAGAUGCCCAGCCGGACACUGCGCCAGGCCAGCCACGAGUCCAUUGAGGACAGCAUGAACAGCUACGGGUCGGAGAGCAACCUUAACUAUGGAGGAGUCUGCCUGGCAUCAGAUGCCCAGUUUAGUGACUUCCUGGGCAGCAUGGGGCCAGCGCAGUUUGUGGGCCGCCAGACCCUGGCCACCACACCAAUGGGAGACGUGGAGAUUGGCUUGCAGGAGCGGAAUGGUCAGCUCGAAGUGGACAUAAUCCAGGCUCGUGGCCUGACAGCCAAGCCAGGCUCAAAGUCACUGCCAGCGGCCUACAUCAAGGCUUACCUGCUGGAGAAUGGUGUCUGCAUUGCCAAGAAGAAGACCAAAGUUGCUCGCAAGUCACUGGACCCUCUGUAUAACCAGGUGCUGCUGUUUCCUGAGAGCCCCCAGGGCAAAGUCCUGCAGGUGAUUGUGUGGGGGAACUACGGGCGCAUGGAGAGGAAGCAGUUCAUGGGUGUGGCCCGUGUGCUGCUGGAGGAGCUGGACUUGACCACCCUGGCCGUCGGCUGGUACAAGCUCUUCCCCACCUCCUCCAUGGUGGACCCAGCCACAGGCCCCCUGCUCCGGCAGGCAUCCCAGUUGUCCCUUGAGAGCACCGUGGGGCCCUGCGGCGAGCGAUCUUAGUGCCGGGGAUGGGGAGGGGCUCCCGAGAUGGCCUUGGAGACCUCCCAGCCCCAACCUGGAACCCCAGGCACUGGGCACAUUGAACAGAGGAUCAUGGGGCGUUCCCCCACAGGGGGGAAGCAGAAGGGGAGACCUGUCCCCCUCAGGCCCCUCCUCACCCCUUCUUUGCCUCCUGCCCCCGAGACCUUCCCUCUCCCAAUGGGAUUGGCUGCACUUUUGACUU